AGCUGAAGCUCCGCUAUCUUUAGCCCCGCCGCGGAGGAUUACAGUGCGCAGUGUGUCACAGACUGCGUCCCGGUUCUACCUGCUCGGCUUAUAUUGCUGUGUGUCUACUUUGUGCUGAAGCUUUCUAGCGUUAAAACAAACAAACAAAAAGCAAACAUAAAACAGAAGGAAAUGGGGGAAUGACAACAACAAACUCGGUCCCCCGUCUGCGGUUCUCCGUCCUCCAGAGAGGACCCCCAGGAUGCUGCUGCUCUCCAGCCCGAGGAACGGACGCCUGCGCCGGGCCUCGCUGCUGCUGCUCGCCGCGGUCUUCCUCUGUGUCGCCCCUGUCAGUGCUAGCCUACCAGUUGGCAGUAAGUGCUACCAUAUAGACUGUGCCAAAGAGAGACGCCACCUCUGCAGGCCUGGCUCCUCCCUGUGUGGCCCCUGCCUCUCGCCAUUUAAGGAGAACGAGGAUGGACUCUGCGUGGCGAGGAAGAGGCCCCAUCAUCAUGGCCAAGUAUUCUACCCUGACCUGGAUGAAGAGAUCGAUUACAUCCACUCUGUCAUCGAAAAACAGGAAGUGAUAGAGACGAAGCCACCGAAAAAGCAAUCCAAACAUCCUGCUGCCGUCGCAGAUGUUAAAAAAAGCAGGACAGAUGCCCUCAAACAGAAACAGAAAAGCCAGGAUCAUCAGUCAACUAAAACCCAGAAUGCCACCACUACGGCCCCUGCAGUUUCCGCCCUUCCUAACACACCAACCCCCCAGCCCAGGGCCACUGGAGUUCUGGGCCGAGUCGGUCCUAUAGCUGUGCCAGCAUCCAAAAAUGACCACAUCAUUGUCAUUAUGAUCUCGCUGUGCGUUGCUGUGGGCGCCGUGGCGGUAAUCCUGGCAACCGUCUGUUUCGUCAAGUUGCAGAAAGACACGCGUCUGACUCAGAAGGUGGACUACCCGGCCUUCGGAGGGGCAGGCGUUCCCGCUGCCGUAGCCAACGGUACCUCGAUGGGAGAUAAAAAUCUGGCCCAAAGUGCACAAAUGUACCACUACCAACAUCAGAAACAGCAGAUGCUCUCAAUGGGAAAUAACAAACCUGAACAGAAAGUCCCUGAGACCGAGGUCACAUCAGAUGAGGAGGAAGUGGGAGGAGACUUCACAGUAUACGAGUGCCCCGGACUUGCACCGACUGGAGAGAUGGAAGUGAAGAACCCUCUGUUUGACGACUCGACUUUAAAUUAUCAGGGGAAUAACAAGUAAAUGCUGAACACUUUACACACACUCACACACACACAUAUAUAUACACACACACUCUGGAAGAAACCACUUGAUCUCACACUGCAUGCAUAUAGAAAUGGAGGAUCCUGGCAGAGGAGGUGAUUAAAAAAAAUGAUUGUUUUCUUGUUGGCCCUUUACUAUAUCUGCCCCGAGUACGGCUUUUAAUACUACAAAUGUAUGUUGGGUUCCUUGUUAAUUUAUUUCUGUCACUGAUUUGGAGCAUUCCUGUGUUUUAACAUGAGCUUUUGAGAGUCUUCUCAGAUCCGUCCCUAUAGGUGUUCUGUCCUGUUUUAAACGUCAAACUCUGAGUUAAGAUUUUAUCCUCCCCUUUUGUUACUUUCCGUCAUUUCUGCAGCUAUUUCCAAAGAAUGUUGAUAGACACACACACAUAUACAUAAGCUGAGAAACAGGUUCCCUCUCCUUGUUUUGUCAUGCAUAGCUAGUGGCUAAACCACAUUCCUAACAGAUACCCAGGAAAUGUUUUAAAAUCAGAUACUCUCUGUGAUACCUCUGUAAAAACUCCCUGUACAACACAAGGUUUAGCAUUAAAAAUGUUACCGUCGGUGUUGCUAAUUUUAUUCCUUGUCAUAUAAACUGCACAUAAAGAUUUUAAGAGUAUAGAUUAUAAUUAUAUAUAUAUAUAUGAAAAUGAAGUACUUGAUGAUGUCUGUUUGCAUGGUUUGACUGUACCGUGGCAAUGCUUUGAUGAAUUAUUCUGCCUCCUGUAUGUAUGCAUCCUGUUGCAGGAGGAGGAAUGUACAGUUAGCAAAAGUGACUUAUGAGCACUUGAAUGAUAUAUUGGUGAAGGACUAUACUGAUGGAUGUGUAGGCGGUAAAUAUCACUAUAUCUUGUAUUGUCCCCCUUUCCUCUCUGUCCUCUUUGUCCUCUUGUCGGUCCCAAGUUAACUUCGUGCUGCAAAAUGUACAUACAAAGAGUGAAUGUGUUCACUUUUUAUAGAUAUUUGUACUGUACAUGCAGACCAAGCAUUGGAAUUAAAAGUUUUUACCACAUGUGGCAAUUA